AUGUCCAAGCGGAGGCCAAUGACGACUGGCGUUCCUCAGGGGUUGGAGACAGAUGAAGAGAAACGUCACAAAAUUGCCAGUGAACUUCUGCAAACAGAAAAAGCCUACGUUAGCCGACUUGACCUCCUAGAUGGGGUAUUCUAUUCCAGACUCCUUGAGGAAGCCAACAGAGGUUCAUUUCCAGCUGAAGUGAUUAACAAAAUAUUUUCUAAUAUUUCAUCGAUAAAUGCCUUCCACAGUAAAUUCUUACUUCCAGAACUUGAGAAAAGAAUGCAAGAAUGGACUACCACGCCCCGAAUUGGAGAUAUUCUGCAAAAGUUAGCUCCUUUCCUCAAGAUGUAUGGAGAGUAUGUGAAGAAUUUUGAUAAUGCAAUGGAGUUGGUGAAAACAUGGACUGAACGGUCACCCCAAUUCAAAUUCAUUAUUCAAGAUAUUCAGAAGGAAAAAGUGUGUGGAAAUUUGACAUUGCAACAUCACAUGCUAGAACCAGUACAACGCAUUCCACGCUACGAGAUGCUUCUAAAGGAUUACCUAAGGAAAUUGCCUCAGGAUUCUCUAGACUGGAAAGAUGCUGAAAAAUCCCUGGAAAUUAUAUCCACUGCAGCAAGUCACUCUAAUAGUGCAAUAAGAAAAAUGGAGAAUUUAAAGAAAUUGUUAGAGAUAUAUGAAAUGUUGGGAGAAGAGGAAGACAUUGUGAACCCUUCAAAUGAACUGAUAAAAGAAGGACAGAUCCUUAAACUUGCUGCUCGCAAUACAUCUGCUCAAGAACGGUAUCUUUUCCUAUUUAACAAUAUGUUGCUCUACUGCGUCCCCAAAUUCAGCCUGGUAGGAUCAAAGUUCUCGGUUCGAACCAGAGUCGGCAUAGAUGGUAUGAAGAUUAUAGAAACUCAUAAUGAAGAAUAUCCACACACUUUUCAAGUGUCCGGAAAAGAGCGAACACUGGAGUUGCAGGCCAGUUCUGAACAAGAUAAGGAAGAAUGGAUAAAGGCGCUUCAAAAUACUAUAGAAGCUUUUCAGCAGAGGAAUGAAACUUUCAGAAAUGCUAUUGCUAAAGAAUAUGAAGACAUGCCUGUUGAGGUUUCUAAUGCUGAGCUUGGGAAGAGAGCACCGAGGUGGAUACGAGACAACGAAGUAACCAUGUGCAUGAAAUGCAAGGAGCCCUUCAAUGCACUGACAAGGAGAAGGCACCACUGCCGAGCAUGUGGACAUGUGGUUUGCUGGAAAUGUUCUGAUUAUAAGGCACAUCUCGAAUAUGAUGGCAAUAAAUUGAACAAAGUCUGUAAGGACUGCUAUCAUGUUAUAAUUGGUUGUACAGAUAGUGAAGAAAAGAAGAAGAAAGGGAUCUUGGAGAUUGAAUCUGCAGAAGUCUCUGGAAAUAGCGUAAUAUGUAGCUUUCUUCAGUACAUGGAAAAAUCAAAGCCCUGGCAGAAAGCAUGGUGUGUUAUACCUAAACAGGAAGCUCUUGUGCUGUACAUGUAUGGUGCUCCACAGGACGUUAAAGCUCUGGCUACCAUUCCACUUCUGGGCUAUGCAGUAGAUGACACUCCAAGAAGUGCUGACCUCCCACACAGCUUCAAACUGACCCAGUCUAAGUCUGUGCACAGCUUUGCUGCGGACAAUGAGGAACUAAAACAGAAAUGGCUAAAAGUUAUCCAUUUAGCUGUCAAAGGUGAGACGCCAGAAUGUCAAAAUGAACUGCAAGUGAAUUUAGAAGAGCAGCCUGAAUCUUCUAAAACAUUUGAAUGCUGAAGCUCAAGAACACAUGGUAUUUUUAAAAUAUUUCAAUUGAAUUCGUGGUUAAC